AUGGGCGACGAUGAGACUGAGCCCAAGUACGAGCUCUAUGUGAAGGGGUGCGAGCAGCCCAGGGAGGAGGGCUCCCAGAAGUUUACGGGCCAGGGCAAAGCCUUGUACCUCACUGGGGACAGCUAUGAGGGCACCUUUGUGGAGGGCCUGCGCGCGGGAAGGGGCGUCUACGUCUUCAAGAAAUUUGGGGACACCUAUGAAGGGAAGUAUGAGGAGAACAGGAAGCACGGCUUCGGCAAGAUGAGCUACGGGAGCAAGAUCGAAGAGGAUGAUGAGCCUCCAGAUGAGAAUGCCCCUCCACGUGGAGGCACGUACCUCGGCAACUUCACAGCUGGCCAGCGGGGAUGCAAAGCCAAUGCUGUGGGCCCAGCCGAGGGCACCUUCAGCUACAUCAACGGAGAUGUCUAUGCAGGUCAGUGGCGAGAAGGGAAGAAGCAUGGCAAUGGCACCUACGCCUUUGCCAAAGAUAAUACCCAGCUGAUUGGUGAGUGGCAGGAGGGCAAGAUGGUCAGCGGCAAAUGGCUCUUCCCGAAUGGCACCUUCUACUGCGGAAAGUUCAGGUACAACAAGCCAUUUGGCAAGGGCGUGUGGGUGUUCAAGAAUGGCAACCAGCGAACCGGCGAGUACACGCAGAAGGAGCAAACCACUGAGGAGGAGCCGCCAGAAGACGAGGCCGCUCCGCGGCCAGACCCAAAGGUCUGGUGCCAGUUCAAGCCCGGCGCCAGCGUCGCCGUGCGGGGCGGCACCAUGUUUCAUCCCAUCGCAGGAACGGUCUGA